GUGGGUGCUGCCGUUUAUAGUGUCUUUUUUGCAGGUCUUCCCUUUGUACACAGGCAUUGCUGGAGAAUAGUGAAACUAGUGACAGCUAUGGCUUUGCAUGUUCCAAGAGCUCCGGGCUUUGCCCAAAUGUUGAAAGAUGGCGCGAAGCAUUUCUCCGGCUUAGAAGAAGCAGUGUACAGAAAUAUUCAGGCAUGUAAAGAACUUGCACAGACCACUCGCACAGCAUAUGGACCAAAUGGUAUGAAUAAAAUGGUCAUCAAUCACCUGGAGAAAUUGUUUGUUACCAAUGAUGCUGCAACAAUUUUGAGAGAACUAGAGGUCCAACAUCCUGCUGCCAAAAUGAUUGUGAUGGCAUCUCAUAUGCAGGAACAGGAGGUUGGUGAUGGCACAAACUUUGUAUUGGUUUUUGCUGGAGCGUUGCUUGAACUUGCUGAGGAACUUCUGAGAAUGGGACUGUCUGUCUCUGAGGUCAUAGCAGGCUAUGAAAAAGCAUGCAAGCGAGCUCUUGAGAUUCUGCCCGAUAUUGUGUGCUGCUCUGCCAAGAACCUGAGAGACACUCAGGAAGUUGCAUCUCUAAUCAAGACUUCUGUGAUGAGUAAACAGUAUGGCAAUGAAGAUUUUCUGUCAAAACUUAUAGCCGAAGCAUGUGUGUCUAUUUUUCCAGAGUCUGGCCAUUUCAAUGUGGAUAAUGUCAGAGUAUGCAAGAUUCUGGGAAGCGGCAUUAGUGCAUCUUCAGUGUUACAUGGAAUGGUAUUUAAAAAGGAAGCUGAAGGCGAUGUUACUUCAGUCAAAGAUGCCCGAAUAGUUGUUUAUUCUUGCCCGUUUGAUUGUACGGUAACAGAGACAAAGGGUACAGUGUUGAUAAAAAAUGCAGAAGAACUUAUGAAUUUCAGCAAAGGAGAGGAAAACCAGCUGGAAGCUCAAGUGAAAGCUAUUGCUGAUACUGGUGUAAAUCUACUGGUUACUGGUGGGAAAGUAGCAGACUUGGCUCUCCAUUAUGCUAACAAAUAUCAAAUCAUGGUUGUCAGAUUAAAUUCUAAAUGGGAUCUCAGAAGACUUUGCAAAACAGUUGGAGCAACAGCACUUCCAAAACUGACUCCACCAACACCAGAGGAGAUGGGUCACUGUGAAAGUGUUCAUUUGUCUGAAGUUGGUGAUACACAGGUGGUCAUCUUUAAGCACGAAAGGGAAGAUGGUUCAAUUUCCACAAUUGUAAUCCGUGGCUCCACUGAUAAUCUAAUGGAUGAUAUUGAGCGAGCAGUGGAUGAUGGUGUCAACACUUUCAAAGUUCUUGUGCGAGAUAAACGCCUUGUUCCUGGAGGAGGUGCAACAGAGAUUGAAUUAUCCAAGCAGAUAACGUCUUAUGGUGAGACAUGUCCAGGUCUUGAUCAGUAUGCCAUUAAGAAGUUUGCAGAGGCAUUUGAAGUCAUUCCAAGAGCAUUGGCAGAUAAUUCUGGAGUAAAUUCUAAUGAAAUUCUGUCUAAGUUGCAUGCUGUGCAUCAAGAAGGCAAUAAAACUGUUGGAUUUGACAUUGAAAGUGAAAGUGCUGCUGUGAAAGACAUGCUGGAAUGUGGAGUAUUGGAGCCAUAUCUGCUUAAACACUGGGGAAUAAAAUUGGCCACAAAUGCUGCUGUAACUGUACUCAGAGUAGAUCAGAUUAUUGUGGCAAAACCAGCUGGCGGUCCUAAAGUCCCCAAGCAGCAAGGAGACUGGGAUAAGGAUGACUGGCAGGAUGAACCUGAGAAGUAGUGCUUAGUAAGCUGCAAGAUCAUUAUGGCAAAGCCAGCAGGAGGACCCAAGGCCCCUUCAGAAAAAAAAGACUGGGAUGAAGAUCACGACCAUUGAAGGACCUCAAGUUCAUGGAUACCCGUCAAAAAAAAAAAAAAAGCUGCUUUACUGGCAUAAAACUUGGGACCUGUUUAAGUUAAUAUUUAUAACUGAGUCACAUUACAAGACAGCUCAUGAUCAAAGUUUCUGGAUGUCUGCUCAAUAAAUAAUGUUAACUACAAA